UCUUUUUUCAGUUGUGCGACUUCAACGGUCGUAAGCUUUCUCCCUUCUAUGAAAUGAUUCAGCGGUUGAUGGAUCGUUUGCUUCUCUUUACCAAAUUGCCUAACAAGCAAAUUCCUUCUACCUCUGUUUAUUGAUAUUGUUUUCAAAUCUAUCAAAAGUUGUUGAUUAUUAGGGUGUAAUGGACUCCAGAAAUAGAGUGAUCAAUGCAAAUCACGAGUCCUCAGCCCCCAAAUUGUUCAAAUACAGUAAAGGAGACACUGAAGAGCAUAUGAACAAAGCAUUACUCAAGGGAGCUCUUAGCUAUUCCCUUUCAAAUACUACAUCAAGAACUACUGAGAUUGAAAGCCUUUGUUACUCGAAUGAAGCUGAAAAUCCCCAUAAGUUGCAGGAAACACCAUUUAAGAACCUGAAAAUGGAACCAGAGAAGCAAAAACAAAGGGAUGCAGGUUUAACAUGUAAGAGUGUUAGACCUCCACCUCCUAAGAAGCAAAAGCUUGAAGAAGCAAAAACAAGACAGAAUCAUCAGUGCAAAACAAAUCUAACAAUUCCCAAAAUACCCCUUUUACAGACAUUGUUGAGGCCACAACAUUCAAAGAUUAGCAAUUCCAAAGAACUAGAAAAAGAACAGCUGGAGAAAGCUCCAAAAUUCUUAUUCAAGGCCAGACCUUUAAACAAGAAGAUACUUGAAAGUAAAGGGGAAUUGGGGCUAUUAUGUAACAAAAAACGACAAGUCACAAUACCUCAAGAAUUUCAUUUUGCAAUUGAUAAAAGAAUUCCACCACGAAGAACAGCCAAUGAUGUUGAUUUGUUUAACAAGGUUGCAUUCUUCUUAAAAUCCCACAACAAGAAACUAAUUCCAAGAAACACAAUACCACGUCCCUUUCAUUUCCAAACAGAGGAAAGAGGGGCACAAAAAGAAAGCAAAUUUGUGGUCAAAAUGCUACCCAAGCAAAUAGAAGGGUCAUCCAAUGUGGCCACAAAAUCCAAAUCAUCAACAUUUAGUGGUCGUGUGAUGAAGGAAAGACAAAGAAAGUUGCAGCAUCAAACAUGAGGCAAUUGCAAAAGAAAGAACUAGUGUGUAAUCAAGAUUUUAUUCAAUAUAUAUAAAGGUUAUAUGGAAAAAAAGUUGUGGGAGAGUAGUUAUUUAGGAGUAGCACACCUAGGGGUGAGCAAAAACCGAACCGACUAAAAAAAAACCGAUAAAACCGCAAUAAACCGCAACCGAAAAACCGAAACCUAUGCAAAAACCAAUGGUGCAGAUUUAAUUUUUGCAAAAAGCGAAGGUCAACGGUGCGGUGCGGUUUCUAUCCUAAAAACCGGUCCGCCAAAACCGAACCGCACCACAAGCGUGUAUAGUAAUAAAUCAAUCAAUGUAUAUUAUAUACAUGCUAUUUAAAAUAGUUAUAAACGAUAAUAUAUUUAUUAUAUGUUUAUUUUGUGUUUGUAUAAGACUAUAUGGGGUGUAAAAGAAAUGUUCUAUUGUUAGCCAAACGUACUAAUCGAUUACAUGUAAUAAGCUUGUAACAAAUUAAGUCAAAUUCAACCAACCUUCAAUUAUUAAUUAGUUUGUGAGAGUGGUCACAAGUUGUAUUUUAAGCGAUUUACAAUUUUUGAUUAUGUAAUUUUGUUUUGAGCUGAAAAUGAAUGUAUUGAAAAAAACAGCACAAUACAAACUUAUAUGCACAUGGUUUUCAGUUCUUACAGUUUUAAAAAAAACCCCACCAAAAAACAUAAAAAAAACUGCACCAAAUUCUUAACACGGUUUAAAAAUCAAAACCGAAUCGAUACAAACCGAAACCGUAUUUAAAAACCGAAAACCCAAACCAUUACAAAACCGCACCCAACGGUUUUAAGAAUGCAAAAACCGCACCAUGCGGUUUGCGGUUCGGUUUGUUUUGAAAACCGUAUCAAACCGCACCAUGCUCACCUCUUA